CCCUAUUUUAGAAUGGAGUGCCUGAAGACUGUCCAUAAUUUUAAAGGGUGCCUGGGGACUGUCCAUAAUUUUAAAGGGUGCCUCAGGACUGUCCAUAAUUUUAAAGGGUGCCUGGGGACUGUCCAUAAUUUUAAAGGGUGCCUCGGGACUGUCCAUAAUUUUAAAGGGUGCCUGGGGACUGUCCAUAAUUUUAAAUGGUGCCUGGGGACUGUCCAUAAUUUAAAGGGUGCCUCGAGACUGUCCAUAAUUUUAAACGGGGCCUCGGGACUGUCCAUAAUUUUAAAAGGGUGCCUGGGGACUGUCCAUAAUUUUAAAGGGUGCCUUGGGACUGUCCAUAAUUUUAAAGGGUGCCUGGAGACUGUCCAUAAUUUUAAAGGGUGCCUCGGAACUGUCCAUAAUUUUAAAGGGUGCCUCGGGACUGUCCAU